UGAUUAGGGGACGCUGGACUAGCCCAGAGACGCCGCUCCAGCCACUCCCUACGCCCGGCGGACCCUGCACUCUCAAGUCCAUCCAGAGCUCCUUUCAAAGUGCUGAGAGAUCCAGAUGAGAGCCGCGUUCCGCCUCAUCCAGCACAGCAGACACGAGUUAAACUAAAGGCAGCGGAGAAGGGCUUCAGGAGCCACUCCACACUUGGAGAAACACCUCUGGGAUCCUACUUUUGUCCGUAGAGUGGAUUUAAGACGAGAGGGAUCAACUCUUGUAGAGAUAAGAGGGGGCGGACACCUGCAGCCAAAAUGGAGGUGAAGACGUCACUUCUAGACAACAUGAUUGGGGUUGGCGACAUGGUCCUCCUAGAACCCCUGUCUGAAGACUCAUUCAUCGAGAACCUGAGGAAGCGCUUUGACCACAAUGAGAUCUACACGUACAUUGGCAGUGUGGUGAUCUCCAUGAACCCCUACAGGUCACUGCCCAUCUUCACGCCAGAAAAAGUGGAGGAGUAUCGCAACAGGAACUUCUAUGAACUUAGUCCACACAUCUAUGCUUUGGCAGAUGAGGCCUACCGUUCACUGAGGGACCAGGACAAGGACCAGUGCAUCCUCAUCACAGGGGAGAGCGGUGCUGGGAAGACCGAGGCCAGUAAGCUGGUGAUGUCAUAUGUGGCAGCGGUGUGUGGGAAGGGCCAGGAGGUGAAUAAGGUCAAGGAACAGCUGCUGCAGUCCAAUCCCGUGCUGGAGGCCUUUGGAAAUGCCAAAACAGUGAGGAAUGACAACUCUUCCAGAUUUGGAAAGUACAUGGACAUUGAGUUUGACUUCAAAGGAGAUCCUCUGGGUGGAGUCAUCAGCAACUAUCUGCUGGAGAAGUCACGUGUGGUGAAACAGCCGAGAGGAGAGAGGAAUUUCCACGUCUUUUAUCAGCUCCUGUCUGGAGCCUCAGAUGACACACUCAAGAAGCUGAAGCUGGAUCGGGACUUCAGCAAGUACAACUACCUGAGCCUGGACUCUGCCGUGGUCAAUGGGCUGGAUGAUGCGGCCAACUUCAGGACAGUCAGAAAUGCCAUGCAGAUCGUGGGCUUCAUGGAGGACGAGGUGCAGUCGGUGCUGGAGCUGGUGGCAGCCGUGCUAAAGCUCGGCGACAUUGAGUUCAAGCCAGAGUCGCGCUGCAACGGCACUGACGAGAGCCGCAUCAAAGACAAAAACGAUUUGAAGGAGAUGUGUGAGCUGCUGGGGAUCGAACAGUCAGUGCUGGAAAGAGCGUUCAGCUACCGCACAGUGGAGGCAAGGCUGGAGAAAGUGUCCACCACCCUGAACGUGGCCCAGGCCUACUAUGCCCGAGACGCCCUUGCCAAAAAUCUCUACAGUCGUCUGUUUAGCUGGCUAGUUACCAGGAUCAACGAAAGCAUUAAAGCACAAACUAAAGCUCGCCACAAGGUCAUGGGUGUGCUUGACAUCUAUGGCUUUGAGAUCUUCGAGGAUGGAGACAACAGCUUUGAGCAGUUCAUCAUCAACUACUGCAACGAGAAGCUGCAGCAGAUCUUCAUCGAGCUGACCCUGCGUGAGGAGCAGGAGGAGUACGUCAGAGAGGGCAUCGAGUGGACCAACAUUGAAUAUUUCAACAACGCUAUUAUCUGCGACCUCAUUGAGAAUCACCAAAAUGGCAUCUUGGCCAUGCUGGACGAGGAGUGCCUGAGGCCGGGCACCGUCACAGACGAGACCUUCCUGGACAAACUGAACACCAUCUGCGCUGAACACCAGCACUUUGAGAGCCGCCUCAGCAAGAACUCAAAGUUCCUCACCGACCACAGCCUGCCACACAAUUGCUUCCGCAUCCAGCACUACGCCGGCAAGGUGCUGUACCGGGCCGAGGGCUUUGUAGACAAGAACAACGACCUGUUGUACCGGGACCUGUCGCAGGCCAUGUACAAGGCCAACCACAGCCUCAUCAAACAGCUGUUCCCUGAGGGCAACCCCGCCAAAGUCAACCUGAAGAGACCACCGACUGCUGGGUUCCAGUUCAGAGCAUCAGUGGGGACGCUGAUGAAGAACCUGCAGACUAAGAACCCAAACUACAUCCGGUGCAUCAAGCCCAAUGACAAGAAGGCCUCCCACAUCUUCACCGACUCUCUGGUCUGCCAUCAGGUGCGCUACCUGGGCCUGAUGGAGAACGUCCGUGUGAGGAGAGCGGGCUACGCCUUCCGCCAGGCCUACGAGCCGUGCCUGGAACGCUACAAAAUGCUCUGCAAGCGGACCUGGCCCCAUUGGAGAGGACCUGCCAGGGAAGGAGUGGAGGUGCUGAUGGCCGACCUACCGGUCCCAGCAGAAGAGUUCUCCUACGGACGCUCCAAGAUCUUCAUCAGGAACCCAAGAACGCUCUUCUUCCUGGAGGAGAGGAGGAGGCAAUGCCUGCAAGACCUGGCCACACUCAUUCAGAAGAUCUACCGGGGCUGGAAGUGCCGCAGCCACUUCCUGCUGCUGAAAAAGAGUCAGAUAGUGGUGGCGGCAUGGUACCGGCGAUAUGCGCAAGAAAAGAAAUACCAGAAGAUCAAGAGUGCCACCACGGUGGUGCAGUCCUACACCAGAGGAUGGCAGGCCCGCAAACUCCUGAGAGAGCUGAAGUAUCAGAAGAGGUGUGAAGAGGCAGUGACCACCAUCUCGGCCUUCUGGCACGGCACCCAGGCUCGGAUGGAGCUGAGGCGUCUAAAACAAGAAGCGCGGAAUAAACACGCUGUGACAGUAAUUUGGGCAUACUGGCAGGGAACCAAGGCCCGGAGAGAGCUGCGUCAGCUGAAGGAGGAGGCGAGGAAUAGGCAUGCCGUAUCGGUCAUUUGGGCCGGCUGGCAGGGCACCAAGGCUCGCAGGGAGCUGAGGACACUGAAGGAAGAGGCCAGGCGUAAGCAUGCUGUUGCUGUGAUUUGGGCCUACUGGCAGGGACUUAAGGUCCGCAGAGAGUACAGAAAGUUCUUCAGGGCAAAUGCAGGGAAGAAGAUCUAUGACUUCACCAUCCAGAGAAUUAUGCAAAAAUACUUCCUGGGCCUGAAGAGCACCAUGCCCUCCGUGUCACCCAUAGACAAGAGCUGGCCUGCCAAUCCUUACCGCUUCCUGGAUGGAGUCCACACAGAGCUGCGGAGAAUCUUCCAUCUCUGGAGGUGCAAGAAAUACAGGAGCCAAUUCACAGAGGAGAAGAAGGCGGUGUAUGAGGAGAAGCUGGAGGCCAGUGAGAUCUUCAAGGAUAAGAAGGCUCUCUACCCGAGCAGUGUGAGUCAACCCUUCAAAGGAGACUACCUGGAGAUCAGCAAGAACCCCAAGUAUCAGAAGCUCCACAGCGCCGUGGAUGAAAAGGUUCUGCUGGCUGAUGUUGUCAACAAGAUCAACAGGGCCAAUGGCAAGGGUACCGCUCGAAUCUUCCUGCUGACUAAGAAGAGCGUGGUCCUGGCCGACCAGAAGACGGGCCAGGUGAAGGCCAGCGUUCCCCUGCCAGACCUCGCCAGUGUGUCGGUCAGCACGCAGAGCGACGGCUUCUUUGCUCUCAGACUCAAAGAGGGGUCGGCCUCAGCCGUCAAAGGAGACUUCUUACUCAGCAGCGAUCAUCUGAUCGAGAUCAUCACCAAACUGCACCGCACCGGGGCCACGGCUGCAGACAGCGAGCAGCUCGACAUCGACAUCUCAGACGAGUUUCUUCUGCAGUUCAAGCACGACAAAGUAUGCGUGAAAUUCAUCCAGGGAGCCCCCAAGAACGGCAACAGCGUGUCGUGCAAGCGCAAGAACAACCGCCUGCUGGAGGUGUCGGUGCCCACAACAGCAUAGUGCAGCUCCCCGGCCAGAUUGGGGGACGAUUAAACACCGAAACCACCACCCACUCCGAAUCCUCUGGUCUCAAGAACCAUCACCGGUGCCCACCCUGAGCCCAGAAACAGUGCAGUUAUUCAGCUUGUUGUGUUGUUGUUUUUUCCUUCAGUCUCUUCCUAUCAGAUUUACUAUUGCACCACUAUAGCUGUAACCAUGUGCCACCUUUUUUUUUUUUUUUUGCAAAGAAAGCCCUUAUUUGGGUUAAACGCCACAGAAGUUUGGCAAAAAAAAAUGUUUCACUGGUGUUUUGUAAAACUGGGGUAAAGAGUUGAAGAUGGAUGAGAAAGGAAGAAAAAAAAUAAGAUCUUGGUAGAGCACAAGAGACUUAUGUAUACCAGUGGCUAUGUUGAUGAUUGUUCUGCCUGUAUGUUGAUAUCAGAGAAAAUGUCAUAAGAACUUUGUGACAGGCUCCAGCCUCAACAGGCCUGGACUCAUCAGUUAUUUUAAGCUCUCCUGGCUUUCAGCAGACAGCUUCGAAUUUGAGAUAAACUGGGAACCUUUGGGCUCGGCCUGUCGGAUUUAGUUUCUCUGAAGAACUUAAAUACUGCACUUGUUUUCACCUCGGUGUAACCAAAAGAGGAUGAGCUGAAAAAGUUUUGAUUGUAUGUCGUUUUAUUUUCUAUAUAUAUAUAUAUUCUCUGAAACAAAGAACCGUGGGCAGUUGAGUCAAAUGUAAUUUGCUAGAUAAUUGUAAAAACCACUUUUGUAUCUUACUGUAUGUGCCAUUGAACAGGUCCCGUGACUUGUCGCGUGUCAGUGUACAAAUACAAACAGAAAAUCCAUGUAGGUGAUGGACCUUGUUCUUGAAAACAUCAUUGCCAAAAAAUGUUUGAAAAGGGGAAUCUCAUCAACCUGUGGUGGCAGUUUUCUUGUACGUUUUGACAGCACUACACAACAUGAUCAACUUCCAUUUCUUCUACAAGAAUAUUACAAUGUAUGAUCAUUUCCCAGCUUUAUUUCAUUUACAAGGAGUCAUUGUACACUUAAUUCAUAUCCUUAACUCAUAGAAGUCAUGUGGCACCCAAAGAAAGAUCCUCUCGCUUUUUGAGGGACACGAUUUAAAGAUACUGACAAAGGCAGAACAGACAUCCCAGUGGAAGGGAAAGUACCUAACCACGAGGAGCAAAAGGUACCUCCAACUUCCACAAUGUCUUCACCAGAUUCAAAGCGUUCUCUGGUGCAAAGCGAAACCCUUGAUAUUGAUCUUUUCCUUUUUGUGUGCAAUAAAUAAAAUGCUUUGUCUCGAUUAUUCUCUUUCCAACAAAACCAUAGUGAGAACCUAUAGCAGUCGCCCUCACUGUACCAUAUAAGCUGUACAUAGGCUCUGUAGCCUGUAACCCUGGCAUGGACAAAGGGUUUCUCUUAAUAUCCUAAUUUUAAUUGCAGUGCUUGUGAAAUAGCCGUUGUUGCCAAUGCAGCUUGAGUAACUGUAGUGCUUGACCCACUCUGACCUAAUGUGUAUUUUGGGGAAAGACCAAAAAUUAAGCACACAUUACAAUAGAUUCUUGAUGUAUCUGAAGAAAUCGAACACGAUACACCUUGUAGUACACUCAUGUACACAUUUUAGUACACAUAUUUACACACAAGCCAAAUUUGAUUGUCAAAGAAGCAAUAGAGUGCUAUAUUUUCAGGUAUGUUGAAUAUAAUCUUUAUUUGGAUGUACUGGUAGUGGGUUUUGUACUGUUUAUUUCUAAGUCAGCCAGAUGUUUCUCUGGUGACGUCUGAGGGAAUAACACAGCCAAACUUGGUCUAGUCAUGUUUUGCGAUCCAGGGUACCUGGAUUUGUAAGUUGUUUUGUAUUUUUUAAUGUCACACACCCACACGACACAGGGACUUGAGAAAUCGGUUGUUGCUGUCCCUUGCGCGAGAACGAUCGGGCUGAAUGCCCAUUUUUGAUGUAUUCUCUUCCAUGUUCACUGCACAGUUUAAAUGCAGUUCUGCUAAGGUGACACCUUCCUCCCCCUCGCCCUCUUCUCUGUUUCGUAUUUGAACAAUGGCUAGAGCUGCAAAAAUGUCUGCAUUCUUGUGUGCCUAAUGUUAACCUGUGCUAAGAGACACAACAUGGAAAUGUUUCAAUAGAACUCAGUGUAACAUUUACAAAUAAACUUUUUUUUUUUUUUUUUUUAAAUUAAACAAUCUGUAAUAAAUGUUAUUGUGUGAUUCUG